GCGGUGUGGUGCGAGGGUGGUGCGGGCGCAGGGCGCAGUAUCCGCGACGUGCGAGAGACAGAGGCUUCCGGGACCGGUCGGGUCCCGUUCGCAGAUGAUUUACCGGAGGUAGUGUGUGGCGUGCGCGAGCACCCGCCGUCAGCAGGGUUAAGCGCGACCGGGGAGGAGUUGCUCCGACUCCGACGUCGCGAUCCCGUGGGCGAGAAGAGGAGAGGAAAUACCAGGAGGAGGAGAAGAAAAAGCCAAGUGUGUGUGUGUGUGUGUGUGCGUGCGUGAGAGUGCCACCGACGUGUGAACCUUGCCCCUCUCGUGGACCGGAGAGCCGAUCUCUCGGUGGUGCCGAAUUUCGCGGUGGUAAUAUUCUCGCGGUGGCGCACACCGCGCGGAAAGACCCCAUCGCCGUCGUCGUCGUCGUCGUCGUCCACGGGGACAACGCGGAGGCGUUUUCAUGGCGCGAGGCGACGCGACGUCCGGGACCGUGCGCGCAUCGCCGAGAUACGAGACGACGGCACGAGCGACGUGAGAGGAACGCGCGCUAGGGAGCACGGCGCCCGGGAUCGCCGCAGGAGCAUCGGCCGAGGGAAAAACACAGCGGCAACGGCGACGGCGACGGGGACGGCGGUAGCGGCAGCGGUAGCGGUAGCGGCGGCGCGUACACGCACACACCCGCAGCCGAGUGCGUCACCGCCCAUAUGUGAUGUGUCCCGCGCGUGCGAGCGAAUGAGUAAUCAUGUAUUAUCCGGACAAGGGUUCGACCGCCUCCAAGAGCAAAGAAGGCCCUGUGACAAUGCGGGAUAAGAAAGGCGGUGCUCUCAGCAGAGUGCAAAAAUUGAAGAAACGCCUCAGUCACAGCUUUGGACGGCUUUCUAUAUCAAAAGAAGAGGCUGAUGAUGCAGCAACCAGAGGUCAAUUGCCAUAUAAUGGUUAUUCUGAGGAGUUCCUAGACCGCUUGGAGCCAAACGGCAACAUACCUGAGGAUAAGAAAGAUCGUCGUUAUGAAUGGGGCAACCAUGAGAGAGUGCAUCGGCAGCUUUCGGUUUCUAGCGAUUCAAAGCUUCUCGAUGAAGAUAUACGGGAGGAAGCUAGGGUAAUUUUGCGGCCCCGACGUCCACCGCGACCCAAAUCCGAAGUUUUUCUUGGUCCGGACCCACCUAGAAGAACUAAAAGAUUCUCCGCUUUUGGGGGAGAUUCGCCGUUCGGUAAAUCUGAAGCUUAUAUAAAACUGGAGCAGUUGGGAGAGGGAUCAUAUGCCACAGUGUUCAAAGGCUACAGCCAUCUCACUAAUCAAGUGGUGGCUCUUAAAGAAAUUAGACUGCAAGAGGAGGAAGGAGCUCCGUUUACUGCCAUUCGCGAGGCAAGUCUCCUCAAAGAGUUAAAGCAUAGCAAUAUCGUGACUUUACACGAUAUCAUUCAUACCCGUGAGACGCUCACCUUCGUGUUUGAAUACGUUCAUACCGAUCUAUCGCAAUAUAUGGAGAGGUAUGGAAGCGGGAACGGAGGAUUGGAUCCGCGCAACGUUAAAUUGUUUCUUUUUCAACUGUUGAGAGGGCUGGCAUACUGUCAUCGCAGGAGGGUUCUGCACAGAGAUGUAAAGCCACAGAAUUUAUUAAUCAGCGAAAUAGGAGAACUUAAAUUGGCAGACUUUGGGCUAGCAAGGGCCAAAUCCGUGCCAUCGCAUACAUACUCACACGAAGUCGUUACCUUAUGGUAUAGACCGCCCGACGUUCUUUUAGGUUCCACAGAAUACUCCACCUCGCUCGACAUGUGGGGAGUAGGUUGCAUAUUUGUGGAAAUGUUAACUGGCGAACCGACAUUCCCAGGUGUACGCUGUACGUACGACCAACUCGAUAAGAUAUUUAAAGUGCUGGGCACACCUACCGAGGAGACUUGGCCAGGUGUCACGCAUCUGCCCGGGUAUAAGGCGCAUAGACUGAUAUUUUAUCCCCCGCGGAAACUGGGACUAUCGUUUCCCCGGCUUUACGAUAUCGCCGACGGCGAUAGUAUGGCGUCGUCGCUCCUGCAAUUGAAUCCCGAUCAACGGAUAGGAGCGGAGGAAGCGUUACGACAUCCCUAUUUCGCCUCUCUUCCUAGGAAACUAUAUGAAUUACCUGAUGAAGUGUCGAUAUUCAGCGUAGAAGGUUGUCACUUGUAUACAAACUCGAGGCACGGGUGCGCGGAUACGCGUCACACGACUCUUAAGACUUGAGGUUAAAGCAAACGUUAAAAAGAGUAAAUUAUAAGUAAAUUCGCAAUUUACACGUUGAGUGAAACAUUCAUCCUCAUGAGAUUCAUACGUGUGGACGUACGCGCGCGCACACAACACACACACAUACACGACCAAUUAUACUCGACAGAUCUACACAUACGCAAAACAGAUAUACACACAUACAAACAACCAUGCGCGCGCGCGCGGAUACAUAGGCGCACAUGCACUACUCCCAGAUGCGUUGUUCGCUCUCUCUCAGGGCUGCUCCAUGAUUUCCGCCACUGUUCGUUUUACACAUGCAAUAAUAACAUUCUUUUUCUCCUUUUUUUUUUCGAGAAUAUACGUAUCGAGUAAAUUAUUAAUUAUUAACGAAGAUAAAUCGUAAUUCUGGUCAAGGAAACAAGAAAGUAAAGCUUACGGCUACGAGUAAAAAAAAAAA